ACUUCUCGUCAGUCGACGACGAAGAGACUCGUACGUAUGUACAGAAACGACCAACUGGCCGUUUCUGGUCACCGAACAAGUGAUAACUGCGGUAUUUAUUUUUUAAAAAUUGCUGUCAGUGGCCCAACGGUGGGAAGAAACGCGUGAGGGGGGCAUUAUCGAUCGUGAGAAAGGGUUGGUGGACUGGUGGCACGGGGGUGGCACUGCGACGCCACCAGCGGACGACCGAAAAAUUGGAAGGAUCUCGAUUUAUUCACUCGCGUUCUAAAGGUGACAAGUGAAUAAUCCACGGGAAGGAUCAGACGUACCUUAUUAGGACGAUUAUUACGGCCCAUUGAUACCGACUGAGCAGCCACUGGUAAAAUAGGAGCAAUUUGCGAUUAAUCGGGGAACUGGGUUUUUAGAAGCACAAGCAGCGAUAACCCCUGGCUUGUACGCAACUCCCAGCGAUUGCCCGUCAAAUAAUCCCUCGCUUUAUCGCUCCGGGUAGAGGCAAAGCCCGGGGAGAGGGGAGUACUGAAGAUAGAGGGGAGUGCGUGGACAGCUGGUACAGCCGGUUCCAUAGCACGUUGCUCGUGUCCGGUAUAUCGUUACACCCGGAUGGAUGAUAUUUACAAGAGAGGGUUGCAAUUUUUUUAAAUUUUUCACGGUGAAAUUCAACGACUGAAAAAUGUACAAGUUACUUGGAAGCUUGAGCCAGUACCUCAAGUGGCAGGACAUCAAGACUGAUUCUAUGGUCUUUCGGAUGCACAACACCUUCACCACGGUUUUACUUCUCACGUGCUCGGUUAUUAUAACUGCUACACAGUAUGUGGGGAAUCCUAUUUCUUGUAUUGUUCAGGGACUGCCGAAUCAUGUGAUCAAUACGUACUGCUGGAUCACCUCCACUUUCACUAUGCCGGAUGCUUUUAAUCGACAGAUCGGCACGGAGGUGGCGCAUCCCGGGGUGGCGAAUGACCAUGGAGACGUGGAGGCCCGGAAAUACUACACCUACUAUCAGUGGGUUUGCUUUGUUCUCUUUUUUCAGGCGAUGUUCUGCUACUUUCCCCAAUGGCUUUGGAACAUCUGGGAAGGUGGCUUGGCCAGCACCUUAGUAAUGGGCAUGAACCACGGUCUAGAACCCGAGGAAGCGAUAGCCAAGAAGAAGAACGUCCUCAUGGACUACCUAGUGACUCACAUCAAGAGACACAACACGUACGUCUACCGUUACUUUGCAUGCGAAGCCAUGUGCCUGGUCAACAUAAUCGUUCAAUUAUACCUGAUGAAUCGUUUCUUCGACGGCGAAUUCCUGAGUUAUGGCUGGCGUGUCCUUCAGUUUGCCGACACCCCUCAGGAGGAGAGAAUGGACCCAAUGGUCUACGUGUUCCCGAGAGUAACCAAGUGCAUCUUCCAUAAGUACGGUGCCUCUGGUACGAUACAGCAGCACGACAGUCUCUGUAUUCUGCCACUGAACAUCGUCAAUGAGAAGACGUACAUCUUCAUUUGGUUCUGGUUCGUCAUUCUGUCCAUUCUCCUGGUGGGGCUGAUGAUCUACCGGGCUGCCAUCAUAUUCGCGCCUGCUUUGCGACCGAGGCUGUUGCAGCUCUCCACCGCGAGAAGGCUCUCCAUCGACACCUGCAGGAACAUCACCAAGAAGAUCGACCUCGGGGAUUGGUGGAUACUCUACGUGCUGUCCUCCAACAUGGAUUCACUGGUUUACAGGGACUUCCUCGAGAAGUUGACUAAGAAAGUUGGUAGCACCUCGACAUCGAGCAAUGCCUAGAGACAUUGACUCUUAGAUUAUUCGAGGUAUCUACGGAGGUAGUGCAAAAUGGACAGUUUCUUUUUUUUGUAAUAACCCGGUGGCUUGGGGCAGUGGGUAAAUUCGUCGACUCGCAUGCGAUUAAAAAAAAUUGGUGACGCAACUUCAGGAAAUAAUUUGGACAAUUAGCACCGUAUUUUAUUGAAAGGGUAAAUUUACUUGUGUCUCCGCUGAAAACUGUCCAUUUUGCCCCGCCUGAUGUUUUUUAGUUCUGAAAAACAGCAAUUCUUUCCCUCGAGAUCAUUCUCUCCGAUUUUCAGGGGGAUUUGUAUUUUUUAUAUAAUAUAUUGAGGUAGAUCUGGAGUUUUAUAACAAAAUGUUAGAGUAUUGAGGAAUGUUUGAAGGUUGAUUGCGAUAUCUUUGUCACUUCGGGACUCAGAAAGAAGCUGCUCAAUUUCAUAUUUUCUUCAGCGAAGUGAAAAAUGCCUUGAGACCUAGACGAGACAAUACUUUUGUUGAUUCUAUGAAAAUACCAGCAGGAAAGUUCUCCAUUUUUUGCACGGCAUCACUGCGAGAAUUAUUCCAAUCCUUUUUAUUCUUUCAAAAUCCUUCAAAUUUUAUCAAAGUCUCUGCAUUUUCGCCCGCACGGAGACUGAGACUGAUCACUUGAGAUUUUCAUUGGGGUGAGAGAAUGAAAUUAUCUUUACAAUGCAGUGACAGAGACAAAUAAUAUUUUAUUAUUAAUAUGAUAGCGACUGUCGGAAAUAAUGUGUCUUAAAUGGAGACCCGAUGAGUUUAUUGCAUUUUUAAUGAAAUUUUUAAUGUAAAAAAAUGCGAUAAAAAGUUGGGUUUUGAAUUUAGAAGGGAAAAUUUUCAAAAAUUCUUCUGAAUGCAGGAAUAAUUGCAUGAAAUUGAAUUGAAAAAUUGAAAUCGUCCCCUGAAGAGCGAUUGGACUCGAUUAACUGAGAAAAUCGAUUGACCAUCGAGUCGCCUCUGGAUUAUUCUCAAACGACACGGUUUGAACUGCCCAUUGUGAUACGACAAACGCGUUUAUAUUCCAUUAGUAUUAGGAGCCAACUGGUUUUAAUGGCAGACGAAAUGUAGUCCACAACGCACAACGGCCACUGCCAUUUACCUGACGAAUUUCUGAACAUAAAAAAAAUCCUCAAUAUCAUAAAAUAAAUUCCGCAUGCAGUUCUACCUGAGAAGUUAUUUCUUCCGUUAAAUAACAACCACACGAAGGAAUUUCUAUUUUAAUUCCAGCACUCAUUCUGUUCUGCCUUGCGUCAAUUUUUUCUGCGAUAUUGAGCUCUUUUUAUUCUCAUCGUUCACCAACGGACCAACACAAUUAAUAAAUUGUAAGGUUUACAAAUUUUAUAAAAAACUGAUAGAUAUUGUUAAGAGUUGAGGAUAAGUUUAAUCGGUAUUCUAGGGUCUCCAGAAGCUGUAAUUUUACGCUUCAUCUAGAUAAUUCAUCGAGAGAGAUAUAUGAAGAAAUAAUGUAAUGUUUUAAUACUGUAGAGAAUGAAUUAAAUUGUGAAAUCAUAUUGGAA